CAGCCCUCGCGACACCGGGGGGGACACGAUCGGUGACACCCGCGGGGGGGGGGACGGGACCCCCAGAGACCACCCGGGACCCCCUGAACCGCGCCCGGGACCCCAAAAAAAUCACCCGGGACCCCCAAAACCCCCGCGGCGAUGGCUGAGGGGGAAGGAGAGGACGAUGUGCAGUUCCUGCGGACGGACGACGAGGUGGUCCUGCAGUGCACCACGACGCUGCUGAAGGAGCAGCUCAAGCUCUGCCUGUCGGUCGAGGGCUUUGGGAACCGCCUGUGCUCCCUGGAGCCCACCUCCAACGCACAGGUGAGACCCCUCCCCGCCUUCGGGGGGACCCCCAAAAUUCGGGGGAGGCUGGGGGGACCCUGGAGACCCCAAGGGGUCGAUCUGGAUAAGUGGUCCUCUCAGGGUGGGGGACACCGGACGCUGCUCUACGGCCACGCCAUCCUGCUGAGACACUCUCACAGCGGCAUGUACCUGAGCUGCCUGACCACGUCCCGCUCGGUCACCGACAAACUGGCCUUCGACGUGGGGCUGCAGAAGGAUGCAGCAGGUGAGGCGUGCUGGUGGACGAUGCACCCGGCGUCCAAGCAGCGCUCGGAGGGGGAGAAGGUUCGGGUGGGAGACGACCUGAUCCUGGUCAGCGUGUCCUCGGAGAGAUACCUGCACCUCUCCACGGCCUCGGGGGAGCUCCAGGUGGACGCCUCCUUCAUGCAGACCCUGUGGAACAUGAACCCCAUCUGCUCGGGCUCCGAGGAAGGGUUUGUCACCGGCGGCCACGUCCUGCGCCUGUUCCACGGCCACAUGGACGAGUGCCUGACCCCCACGGCCCCCGAGCAGGGCGAGGAGCGCAGCGUUGUCAACUACGAGGGUGGCGCCGUGUGCGCCCACGCCAGAUCCCUGUGGCGCCUGGAGCCCCUGCGCAUCAGCUGGAGCGGGAGCCACCUGCGUUGGGGACAGCCCUUCCGCCUGCGCCACGUCACCACCGGCCGCUACCUGGCGCUGACCGAGGCCACCGGGCUGGCCAUGGUGGAGGCCACCGCGGCCAACACGCGCGUGACCACCUUCUGCUUCCGGGCCUCCAAGGAGAAGCUGGAGACGACCCCAAAACGGGACAUCGAGGGCAUGGGGCCCCCCGAGAUCAAGUACGGGGAGUCCCUGUGCUUCCUGCAGCACAGCAACAGCGGCCUCUGGGUCACCUACGCCGCCCCCGACCCCAAGGCCCUGCGCCUCGGGCUGCUCAAGAGGAAGGCCAUCCUGCACCAGGAGGGGCACAUGGACGACGCGCUGACCCUGAGCCGCUCCCAGCGCCAGGAGUCGCAGGCGGCUCGGAUGGUCUUCAGCACCACGGGGCUCUACGGGGCCUUCAUCAGGAGCCUGGACAGCCUCCAGGGCCGCCCCCGGGGGUCUCCGCCGCCCCCCCUGCCCAUCGCGGGCGUGAUCCUGAGCCUGCGGGACCUGAUCGGGUACCUGGAGCCGCCGCCCCCCGAGCUGCGGCACGAGCAGCGCCAGGGCCGCCUGAGGGCGCUGCGGGCCCGCCAGAGCCUCUUCCAGCAGGAGGGGAUGCUGACGCUGGUGCUGAGCUGCAUCGACCGCCUGAGCGCCUACAGCACCGCGGCGCAGUUCGGGGAGGCCGCGGGCGAGGAGGCGGCGGCCGCCUGGAAGGAGAUCGUGAACCUGCUCUACGAGCUGCUGGCCUCGCUGAUCCGGGGGAACCGAGCCAACUGCGCGCUCUUCUCCACCAACCUGGACUGGCUGGUCAGCAAACUGGACAGGCUGGAGGCCUCCUCGGGCAUCCUGGAGGUGCUGUACUGCGUGCUGAUCGAGAGCCCCGAGGUGCUGAACAUCAUCCAGGAGAACCACAUCAAAUCCAUCAUCAGCCUGCUCGACAAGCACGGCCGCAACCACAAGGUGCUGGACGUGCUGUGCUCGCUGUGCGUCUGCAACGCCGUUGCCGUGCGCUCCAACCAGAACCUGAUCACCGAGAACCUGCUGCCCCGCCGCGACCUGCUGCUGCAGACCGGCAUGGUCAACUACGUCACCAGCGUGCGCCCCAACCUGUUUGUGGGCACGGCGCCGGGCUCGACACAGUUCCUCAUGGGGGUGUCCCCAAGGCCGUGGGGUCACCCCAACGCCGCGCUCUGGCCGAAGGGGACGUGGUCAGCUGCUGUCCCCCGUGACCCCUGUGACCCCUCUGUCCCCUCAGGCGGGGUCCCCAAGGCCGUGGGGUCGCCCCAACGCCGCGCUCUGGCCGAAGGGGACGUGGUCAGCUGCUGCCUGGACCUGGGGGUCCCCAGCGCCUCCUUCCGCCUCAACGGGGCCCCGGUGCAGGGGGUCCUCGAGGGCUUCAACCUGGACACCCUGUUCAGCCCCGUGGCCAGCUUCUCGGCGGGGGUCCGGCUCCGGUUCCUGCUGGGGGGCCGGCACGGCGAGUUCCGUUUCGUGCCCCCUCCGGGCUACGCGCCCUGCGCCGAGGCGCUGCUGCCCCGCGAGCGGCUGCGCCUGGAGCCUCUCACCGCCUACCGCGGCUCGGCCGGGCCCGGCGCCCGCAGCCUGCUGGGGCCCAGCCGGGCCCUGCCCCACACCGCAUUCACCCCCUGCCCCGUGGACACCUGCCAGAUCGUGCUGCCCCCGCACCUGGAGCGGAUCCGGGAGAAGCUGGCGGAGAACAUCCACGAGCUCUGGGCCCUGACCCGCAUCGAGCAGGGCUGGACCUACGGGCCUGUCCGGGAUGACGUGCAGCGCCUGCACCCCUGUUUGCUGAGCUUCCACAGCCUCCCCGAGCCCGAGCGCGGCUACAACCUCCAGAUGUCGGGGGAGACCCUCAAGACGCUGCUGGCCCUGGGCUGCCACGUGGGGAUGGCGGACGAGAAGGCUGAGGAGAACCUGAAGAAGAUCAAACUGCCCAAAACGUACACCAUGUCCAACGGGUACAAGCCGGCGCCGCUGGACCUGUCGCACGUGCGGCUGACGCCGGCCCAGCUGACCCUGGUGGAUCGCCUGGCCGAGAACGGCCACAACGUCUGGGCUCGGGACAGGGUGCAGCAGGGCUGGACCUACAGCACCACCCAGGACAUCAAGAACAAGCGGAACCCUCGGCUGGUCCCCUACAACCUGCUGGACGAGGGGACAAAGGCCACCAACCGCGAGAGCCUGUGCCAGGCCGUGCGGACCCUGCUGGGCUACGGCUACAACAUCGAGCCCCCCGACCAGGAGACGCCCUCGCAGGGUGUCCCCCCCGGGGGUCCCCGCGCCCCCCGGCCGCGCCUGUUCCGCGCCGAGCGGGGCUCGGCCGUGCGCAGCGGCCGCUGGUAUUUCGAGUUCCAGGCGGUGACGGCCGGGGAGAUGCGCGUGGGCUGGGCCCGGCCCGGGCUCCGGCCCGACACCGAGCUGGGCGCCGAUGACAUGGCCUUCGUCUUCAACGGGCACCGGGCCCAGCGGUGGCACGUCGGGGGCGAGUCCUUCGGGGGCCCCUGGCAGGCUGGGGACGUCGUGGGCCGCCUCAUCGACCUGGGCGAGUGCCACAUGAGCUUCACCCUCAACGGGGAGGUGCUGAUCGGGGACGCGGGCUCCGAGGUGGCCUUCAGGGACUUUGAGGUGGCCGACGGCUUUGUGCCCGUGUGCAGCCUGGGGCUGGGCCAGGAGGGCCACCUGAACCUGGGCCAGGACGUGGGCACCCUGCGCUACUUCGGCAUCUGCGGCCUCCAGGAGGGCUACGAGCCCUUUGCCAUCAACAUGAAACGGCCCAUCGCCCUCUGGUUCAGCCACAGCCUGCCCCAGUUCAUCCCCGUGCCCCCCAAGCACCCCCAGCUCGAGGUGAGCCGCCUGGACGGCACCGUGGACACGCCGCCGUGCCUGCGCCUGGCGCACCGCAGCUCCGGCACGCCGGCGGCGCCGCCCGAGCUGCUGUUCCUGCGGCUCAGCCUGCCCGUGCAGUUCCACGCCACGUUCCGCUGCACGCCCGGCGCCACGCCGCUGCCCCAGGCGCCGCCGCCGGAGCCCCCCGAGGACGUGAGCGCGGAGCCGCUGUCCGAGUUCGAGCGGCUGCGGCGCUCGGCCGGGCCCCGCAGCCGAGGGCGACGAGGGGCCGAGAAGGGAGCGGCGGGGGCGGCUCCCGGUGCUGCCGGCGGCGCCGCCCGGGAGCCGCCGCGGGGAGAGAACGAGAAGGACGCGACCACCGAGAAGAGCAAGACCAGGAGGGGGUUCCUGUUCAAGGGCCGGAAGACGCCGUUCGCGCCCCCCCCCGCGCCCCCUCCCGUGCCCCGGCUGGAGGAGGACGUGGUGCCCGACGAGCGCGACGACCCCGAGGUCAUCAUGAACACCACCACGUACUAUUACUCGGUGCGGCUGUUUGCGGGGCAGGAGCCGGGCAGCGCCUGGGUGGGCUGGGUCACCCCCCACUUCCACCAGCACGACCCGACUCCGAGGCUGAGCCGCCGUGGGCCCCGCCUCACCAUGGGCGACCGCAGCGGCAAACCCACAAGCAUCAAGCGCAGCAACUGCUACAUGGUGUGGGGGGGGGAGUUUGCGACCCCCACCCAGCAGGCCAGGGUGUCCCACACUGACCUGGUCAUCGGCUGCCUGGUGGACCUGGCCACGGGGCUCAUGACCUUCACAGCCAACGGCAAAGAGAUCAACACCUUCUUCCAGGUGGAGCCCAACACCAAACUGUUCCCGGCGGUGUUCGUGCAGCCCACCACCCAAAACGUGCUCCAGUUCGAGCUGGGCAAGCUCAAGAACAUCAUGCCCAUCUCGGCGGCCAUGUUCAGCAGUGAGAGGCAGAACCCGGCGCCGCAGUGCCCGCCCAGGCUGGUGAUCCAGCACCUGAGCCCGGUCACCUGGAGCCGCAUGCCCACCGAGUACCUGGCCGUGGAGAGCGCCCGGCUGGGCGAGCGCCAGGGCUGGGCCGUCGAGUGCUCCGAGCCCCUGCAGAUGAUGGCCCUGCACAUCCCCGAGGAGGACAGGUGCAUCGACAUCCUGGAGCUGUGGGAGCGCGAGGAGCUGCUGCAGUUCCAGUGCCACACGCUGCGCCUCUACCGCCCCGUGUGCGCGCUGGGCAACAACCGCGUGGCGCACGCCCUGUGCAGCCACGUGGACCAGGCCCAGCUGCUCUUCGCCAUCGAGAGCCCCGAGCUGCCGGGCCCGCUGCGGGCCGGCUACUACGACCUGCUGCUGGCCAUGCACCUGGACGCGGCGCAGCGCGCCCGCUCCUCCAUGAGCGCCGAGUUCAUCGUGCCCAUCACCGAGGCCACGCGCGCCAUCGCGCUCUUCCCCGACGGCGGGCGCUGCCCGGGACCCCCGGGCGUGGGGCCCAGCGCCUGCCUGAGACCCCAGCCCCAUUUCUCGGAGCCUUGCUUCAUCCGGGCCGGGGGCGGCGGCGGGCGGGCGCCGCUCAGCCCGGCCAUCCCGCUGGACGAGCUGGGAGCCAAGGCCAUGCGCAUGCUGGCCGAGGCCGUGGCCGGAGGGGGUCCCCACGCCCGCGACCCCGUGGGGGGCAGCGUGGAGUUCCAGUUGGUGCCGGUGCUCAAGCUGGUGUCGGCGCUGCUGGCGGUGGGAGCGCUGGGCGACGGCGACGUGCGGCGCGUGCUGCGCAUGAUCGAGCCCCGCGUCUUCGGCGAGGGACGGCGGGAGGAAGGCGAGGAGGAGGAGGAGGAGGAGGAGGAGGAGGUGAAGGCCAUCGAGGCUGGCGAGGAGGAGGAGGAGGAGGAGGCGAGGAGGAAAAAGGCCGUGGAGGCUGGAGAGCUGGAGGAGGAGGAGGAGGAGGAGGAGGAGGAAGAGGAGGAGGAAGAAGAGGAAGAGCUGGAGGAGGGGCUGCUGCAGAUGAAGCUGCCGGAGUCGGUCAAGCUGCAGAUGUGCCACCUGCUGCAGCACCUGUGCGAGCGGGAGCUGCAGCACCGCGUCGAGGCCAUCGUGGCGUUCUCGGAGCGCCACGUGCAGCGGCUGCAGCGGGACCAGCGGCGGCGCUACGGGCGCCUGAUGCGCGCUCUGACCAUGUCGGCAGCCGAGACCGCCCGGCGCACCCGCGAGUUCCGCUCGCCCCCGCAGGAGCAGAUCAACAUGCUGAUGCAGUACAAGGGAGGGGCUGAGGAUGAGGAGUGUCCCGUGCCUGGGGACAUCCGGGACGAGCUGCUGGACUUCCACAAUGACCUGCUGGCCCACUGCGGCAUCGAGCUGACGGAGGAGGAAGAGGAGGAGGAGGAGGAGAUGUCGCUGCGGCAGCGGCUGCUGGGGCUGGUGCAGAAGGUGGUGGGGGUCCGGGGCCCCCCCAAGGAGGAGGAGACCCCCGAGGAGCCCCCGGUGCCCAGCACGCUGCAGGAGCUGAUCUCGCAGACCAUGGUGCACUGGGCGCAGGAGUCGUUCAUCCAGAGCCCGGCGCUGGUGCGGGCCAUGUUCAGCCUGCUGCACCGGCAGGACGACGCGCUGGGCGAGCUGGGCCGGGCCCUGCCCAAGGCCUACGCCAUCAGUGCCACCUCCGUGCCCGACACCACGGCCCUGCUCGAGUGCCUGGGCCAGAUCCGCUCGCUGCUCAUCGUGCAGAUGGGCCCCGAGGAGGAGAACCUCAUGAUCCAGAGCAUCGGGAACAUCAUGAACAACAAGGUGUUCUACCAGCACCCCAACCUGAUGCGGGCCCUGGGCAUGCACGAGACCGUGAUGCAGGUGAUGGUCAGCGUGCUGGGCGGUGGCGAGUCCAAGGAGAUCCGGUUCCCCAAGAUGGUGACCAACUGCUGCCGCUUCCUCUGCUACUUCUGCCGCAUCAGCCGCCAGAACCAGCGCUCCAUGUUCGACCACCUGGGCUACCUGCUGGAGAACAGCGGCAUCGGGCUUGGCAUGCAGGGCUCCACCCCCCUGGACGUGGCGGCCGCCUCCGUCAUCGACAACAACGAGCUGGCGCUGGCCCUCAAGGAGCAGGACCUGGAGAAGGUGGUGACGUACCUGGCGAGCUGUGGGCUGCAGAGCUGCCCCAUGCUGCUGGCGCAGCUACCCGAGCUGGAACCCCUGGGCGUGGGGAAGUACCUGGGACUUCCUGCUGUCUUAACGGUGAGACACCCCAGGUGGCCCUGAGGGGAGAGCGUGGAGGAGAACGCCAACGUGGUGGUGCGGCUGCUGAUCCGGCGUCCUGAGUGCUUCGGGCCGGCGCUGCGGGGCGAGGGGGGCUCGGGGCUGCUGGCCGCCAAUCUGGGACGCAUGGGAUUGGCAUCGGACCCCGCACGGGAUGGGCCCAGCGGCUACAGGGAGAGGAGGCUGUUCGGGCCCGAGGAGCCCCCCGAGGAGAACCGGGUGCACCUGGGCCACGCCAUCAUGUCCUUCUACGCCGCCCUCAUCGACCUGCUGGGCCGCUGCGCCCCUGAGAUGCACCUGAUCCAGGCGGGGAAGGGGGAGGCCCUGCGGAUCCGGGCCAUCCUGCGCUCGCUCGUCCCGCUCGAGGACCUGGUGGGGAUCAUCAGCCUCCCCCUGCAGAUCCCGGCGCUGGGAAAAGAUGGGAACGUGGUGGAGCCCCGUAUGGCCGCCAGCUUCGUCCCCGAGCACAAGGCGCCCAUGGUGCUGUUCCUGGACCGCGUUUACGGGGUGCAGAACCAGGAGUUCCUGCUCCACGUGCUGGAAGUGGGGUUCCUGCCCGACAUGCGCGCGGCCGCCUCACUGGACACGGCGACGUUCAGCACGACGGAGAUGGCGCUGGCGCUGAACCGGUACCUGUGCCUGGCGGUGAUGCCGCUCAUCACCAAGUGCGCGCCGCUCUUCGCGGGCACCGAGCACCGCGCCAUCAUGGUGGACUCCAUGCUGCACACCAUCUACCGCCUGUCGCGCGGCCGCGCCCUCACCAAGGCCCAGCGCGACGCCAUCGAGGAGUGCCUCAUGGCCCUCUGCAGGUACAUCCGCCCCUCGAUGCUGCAGCACCUCCUGCGCCGCCUCGUCUUCGACGUCCCCAUCCUCAACGAGUUCGCCAAGAUGCCCCUCAAGCUGCUGACCAACCACUACGAGCGCUGCUGGAGGUACUACUGCCUGCCCAGCGGCUGGCCCAACAUGGGCGUCAGCUCCGAGGAGGAGCUGCACCUCACCAGGAAGCUCUUCUGGGGCAUCUUCGACUCCCUGGCGCACAAGGCCCAUGGGCUCAUCUUCUCAUACCCCAACCCCCACCCUGUCCCCCGACCUCCCGGUGUCCCCCUGACCCCGGUGUCCCCCCGUGUCCCCCCCAGUGUCAUCAUCCCCGAGAAGCUCGACGGUUUCAUCAACAAAUACGCCGAGUACACGCACGAGAAGUGGGCCUUCGACAAGAUCCAGAACAAUUGGACUUUUGGGGAGACCGUGGAUGAAGAAGCCAAAACCCACCCGAUGCUGAGACCCUACAAAACCUUUUCUGAGAAGGACAAGGAGAUUUACCGGUGGCCCAUCAAGGAGUCGCUCAAGGCCAUGCUGGCCUGGGAGUGGACGGUGGAGAAGGCGCGAGAGGGCGAGGACGAGCGCACGGAGAAGAAGAAAACACGAAAAAUCUCCCAAAACGCUCAGGCUACCUACGACCCCUCCCAUGGCUACAGCCCCCAGCCCGUGGACCUGAGUGGGGUCACUCUGUCCAGGGAGCUGCAGGGCUGGGUCUGGGGGUUCCAAGGGCUGGGUCUGGGGUCUCCAAGGCUGCUCUGGGGCGCAGGGGGGGGGUCCCACCCGCUGCUGGUGCCCUACGACACGCUGACGGCCAAGGAGAAGGCGCGGGACCGCGAGAAGGCCCAGGAGCUGCUCAAAUUCCUGCAGCUGCACGGAUACGCCGUGACCCGGGGGCUCAAGGACAUGGAGCUGGACACGUCGUCCAUCGAGAAACGCUUCGCCUUCGGCUUCCUGCAGCAGCUGCUGCGCUGGAUGGACAUCGCCCAGGAGUUCAUUGCACACCUGGAGGCCGUGGUCAGCAGCGGGAGGGUGGAGAAAUCCCCCCACGAGCAGGAGAUCAAGUUCUUCGCCAAGAUCCUGCUGCCCCUCAUCAACCAGUACUUCCACAACCACUGCCUCUACUUCCUGUCCACGCCGGCCCAGGUGCUGGGCAGCGGCGGCCACGCCUCCAACAAGGAGAAGGAGAUGAUCACCAGCCUGUUCUGCAAACUGGGGGGACCCCCGACCCCUUUGUGCACAGACGCCCCGGCCGUGGUGAACUGUCUGCUCAUCCUGGCACGGUCCCUGGACGCCAGGACUGUGAUGAAGUCGGGCCCCGAGAUCGUCAAGGCCGGGCUGCGCUCGUUCUUCGAGUCGGCGGCCGAGGACAUGGAGAAGUUGGGGGAGCAGCUGCGGCUGGGCCGGGGGACCCCGACGCGCGCCCCCACCAAGGGCGUGGCCCAGAAUGUCACCUACACCUCGGUGGCGCUGCUGCCCGUGCUCACCGCCCUCUUCGAGCACCUGGCACAGCACCAGUUCGGGGACGACGUAUUGGGAGUAACAGAGGGCGUGCUGGGUCUCCCCUCGCGGGUCGAGGAGCUGUGCCCGGACCUGCCGGACCUGGAGCGCCUCAUGGGUGACAUCGGCGGCCUGGCGGACUCGGGCGCGCGCUACACGGAGAUGCCGCACGUCAUCGAGGUGACGCUGCCCAUGCUGUGCCACUACCUGCCCCGCUGGUGGGAGCGCGGCCCCGACGCCGCCCCCCAGGGCCCCUGGGCCACCGAGGUCACCGGCCAGCACCUCAACGCCCUGCUGGGACACAUCCUGCGCAUCGUGGUCAACAACCUGGGCAUCGACGAGGCCUCCUGGAUGAAGAGGCUGGCGGUUUUCGCCCAGCCCAUCGUGAGCAAGGCGCGGCCGGAGCUGCUGCGCUCGCACUUCAUCCCCACGCUGGGGCGGCUGCGGAAGCGCGCGGGGAAGGUGGUGGCCGAGGAGGAGCAGCUGCGGCUCGAGGGCAAGGCCGAGGCCGAGGACGCCGAGCUGCUGAUCCGCGACGAGUUCUCGGUGCUCUGCCGAGACCUCUACGCGCUCUACCCGCUGCUCAUCCGCUACGUGGACAACAGCCGGGCCAAGUGGCUGACGGAGCCCAACGAGGACGCGGAGGAGCUGUUCCGCAUGGUGGGCGAGGUCUUCAUCUACUGGUCCAAGUCUCACAACUUCAAGCGUGAGGAGCAGAACUUCGUGGUGCAGAACGAGAUCAACAACAUGUCCUUCCUGACGGCCGACAGCAAGAGCAAGAUGGCCAAGUCUGGAGAUGGACAGGGCGGUGGCUCGGAGCAGGAGCUGGCACUGACUGACACUGGUUAUGGGUCCUUCCACACUGUCCACGCUGUGCCCACGCUGUCCCCAUGGCAAAACCCACCCCUGGCCACACUCAAGAAGAUGCUGCCCAUCGGCCUCAACAUGUGCUCACCUGCUGACCAGGAGCUGAUCGCGCUGGCCAAGGGCCGCUACGCCCUGAAGGACACGGACGAGGAGGUUCGGGAGUUCCUGCACAACAACCUGCACCUGCAGGACAAGGUGGAGAACACGGGCUCGGCUCGCUGGCAGAUGGCCCUGGUGCGCCAGGCCGGGCGGGACGAGGACCCCGACAGCCCCGAGCAGGUCGUGCGCAGGGUGCAGGAGGUGUCGGCCGUGCUCUACCACCUGGAGCAGACGGAGCACCCCUACAAGUCCAAGAAGGCCGUGUGGCACAAGCUCCUGUCCAAGCAGCGCCGCGCCGGUGUCGCCUGCUUCCGCAUCACGCCCCUGUACAACCUGCCCAGGCACCGCGCCUGUAACAUGUUCCUCGAGUCCUACCGGCUCUCGUGGCUGGCCCGGGAGCAGCCGCCCUUCGAGGACCGAAUGAUCGACGACCUCUCGAAGUCGGGGCGGGAGGAGGAGGAGGAGGAGGAAGAGGCCGAGGCGCGGCCGGACCCGCUGCACCAGCUGAUCCUGCACUUCAGCCGCACGGCGCUGACCGAGCAGAGCCACCUGGAGCAGGAUCACCUGUACAUGGCCUACGCCGGCAUCAUGGCCAAGAGCUGCCACAUCGAGGAGGGGGAGGAGGAAGAGAAGGAGGAAGAGGAGAAGGAGGAGGAAGAAGCCGAGGAUUCGUUUGAGGAGAAGGAGAUGGAGAAGCAGAAGCUGCUGUCGCAGCAGGCCCGGCUGCACACGCGGGGCGCGGCCGAGAUGGUGCUGCAGAUGAUCAGCGCCUGCAAGGGUGAGCGGGGGGCCAUGGUCUCCUCCACCCUCAAGUUGGGCAUCUCCAUCCUCAACGGGGGCAACGCCGACGUGCAGCAGAAGAUGCUGGAGUACCUCAAGUCCAAGCGCGAGGUCGGCUUCUUCCAGAGCGUGCAGGCGCUGAUGCAAACCUGCAGUGUCCUGGACCUGAACGCCUUCGAGCGGCAGAACAAGGCCGAGGGGCUGGGCAUGGUCACCGAGGAGGGCACCAUCAUCAGCCGGGAGAACGGGGAGAAGGUGAUGUCGGACGAUGAAUUCACCCAGGACCUGUUCCGGCUGCUGCAGCUGCUCUGCGAGGGCCACAACAACGACUUCCAGAACUACCUGAGGACGCAGACGGGGAACACGACCACCAUCAACAUCAUCAUCUGCACCGUGGAUUACCUGCUGCGCCUGCAGGAGUCCAUCAGUGACUUCUACUGGUACUACUCGGGCAAGGACGUCAUCGACGAGCAGGGCAAGAGGAACUUCUCCAAGGCCAUGGCCGUGGCCAAGCAGGUGUUCAACAGCCUCACCGAGUACAUCCAGGGCCCCUGCACUGGGAACCAGCAGAGCCUGGCCCACAGCCGCCUCUGGGACGCCGUCGUCGGCUUCCUGCACGUCUUCGCACACAUGAUGAAGAAACUGGCCCAGGACUCGUCCCAGCUGGGGCUGCUGAAGGAGCUGCUGGACCUGCAGAAGGACAUGGUGGUGAUGCUGCUGUCCCUGCUCGAAGGGAACGUGGUGAACGGCACCAUCGCCCGGCAGAUGGUGGACAUGCUGGUGGAGUCCUCCAGCAACGUCACCAUGAUCCUCAAGUUCUUCGACAUGUUCCUGAAGCUGCGCGACAUCGUCUCGUCCGACGCCUUCCGCCACUUCGUCACCGACCCGCGCGGGCUCAUCUCCAAGAAGGACUUCCAGAAGGCCAUGGACAGCCAGAAGCAGUACGAGCCCGACGAGAUCCAGUUCCUGCUCUCGUGCUCCGAGGCCGACGAGAACGAGAUGAUCGACGUGGAGAGCUUCGCCCAGCGCUUCCAGGAGCCGGCGCGCGACAUCGGCUUCAACGUGGCCGUGCUGCUGACCAACCUGUCGGAGCACGUGCCGCACGACCAGCGCCUCAAGACCUUCCUGGAGCAGGCCGAGAGCAUCCUGGAUUACUUCCGCCCCUUCCUGGGGCGCAUCGAGAUCAUGGGGGCGGCGCGGCGCAUCGAGCGCAUCUACUUCGAGAUCAGCGGCGCCAACAAGGCGCAGUGGGAGAUGCCGCAGGUCAAGGAGUCCAAGCGCCAGUUCAUCUUCGACGUGGUCAACGAGGGCGGCGAGGCCGAGAAGAUGGAGCUCUUCGUCAACUUCUGCGAGGACACCAUCUUCGAGAUGCAGAUCGCCUCGCGCAUCUCCGAGGAGGAGGCGCCGCGCGACGAGGAGGAGGAGGAGGACGAGGACAGGGAGGAAGAGGAGCCGGCCGAGGCUCCGGCGGCGGCGCUGCCGGGUCUGGGGGCGCUCCGGCGGCUCCUGGGCUCGCCCCAGACGUGGCGCCGCAAGAUCCGCAGGCUGCGCAAGAAGUCGGGGCGGGAGCUGGCGUGGGAGGCGGGGGCGGGCGUGGGGCGCGCGGCCGCCGGGGGGGUGCUGGGGGCGCUGGGGGUGCUGGGGGCCGUGGGGCGCCUGGCCUGGAGCUCCCUCUUCGGAGGGGGGCUGGUGGAGGGGGCGCAGCGCCUGGGCGUCAUCGAGGUGCUGGGCUCCAUGCCCGACCCCACGCAGGACGCCGUGGGCGGGGGUGAGGCCGGGCCGGGCGAUGAGGGGGCACCCCCGGAGCCCGAGCAGCCCCCCGAGGCGCAGCUGGAGGCGCCGCCGGCCCAGGAGGACGAUGAGGAGGAGGAGGAGCGGCGGCGGGAGGUGAAGGCGGCGCCGGCGGGGCCGCGCAAGGAGCCCCACUUCAGGCUGGCGGCUCCCGACGCCCCCGGGGGGCUCGGGGAUAUCGGGGAGCCCCCCGGGGCCGAGCCCCCCACCCCGGAGGGGACCCCCAUCCUGCGCAGGAAGAUCGGGGAGAUGGCGGAGCAGGUGGGGGAGGGGCAGAAGGAAGAGGAGCCCCCCCCGGCCGAGACCGAGAAAGCCGACACAGAGAACGGCGAGAAGGGCGGGGAGGGGCCCGAGGAGGGGCCGGAGCCCCGCGCCCCCCCCCCAAAACGGCGCCAGUCGGUGCCCGGGGGGCGGCGGGAGCCCCCGGGCGAGGGGGGGCUUGACUUCUGGGGGGAGCUGGAGGUGCAGAGGGUGAAGUUCCUGAAUUACCUGUCGAGGAAUUUCUACAACCUGCGGUUCCUGGCGCUGUUCCUGGCCUUCGCCAUCAACUUCAUCCUCCUCUUCUACAAGGUGUCCGAGCACCCCCCCGGCACCCCGGAGGAGCCCGAGGGUUCGGGGGUGGCCCCCGAGGAGGACGGGGGGGUCCCGGGGGGCGCGGAGCCCCCCCCCGAGGAGCCCGAGGUUUAUUAUUUCCUGGAGGAGAGCACGGGCUACAUGGGCCCGGCGCUGCGGGGGCUGGCGCUGGCGCACACGCUGGUGGCCUUCCUGUGCAUCAUCGGCUACAACUGCCUCAAGAUCCCCCUGGUGAUCUUCAAGCGGGAGAAGGAGGUGGCGCGGCGCCUCGAGUUCUCGGGGCUCUACAUCACCCCCCCCCCCCCCCCCCAAGACAGCACGUGCCAACCCCACGACGACGUCAAGGGACAGUGGGACCGCCUGGUGCUCAACGCCCAAUCCUUCCCCAGCAAUUACUGGGACAAGUUCAUCAAGAGGAAGGUGAUGGAGAAGUACGGGGACAUCUACGGGCGGGAGAGGAUCGCGGAGCUGCUGGGGAUGGACCUGGCCAGCCUGGAAAUGGGGGCGCAGGGCGAGCGCAGGGCCCCCCCCAACAGCUCCCUGCUCACCUGGAUCACCUCCAUCGACAUCCGCUACCAGAUCUGGAAGUUCGGGGUGAUUUUCACCGAUAACUCCUUCCUGUACCUCACCUGGUACAUGGCCAUGUCCCUGCUGGGCCACUACAACAACUUCUUCUUCGCCUCGCACCUGCUGGACAUCGCCAUGGGCGUCAAGACGCUGCGCACCAUUCUGUCCUCGGUCACCCACAACGGCAAGCAGCUGGUGAUGACGGUGGGGCUCCUGGCCGUGGUGGUUUACCUGUACACCGUGGUCGCCUUCAACUUCUUCCGCAAGUUCUACAACAAGAGCGAGGAUGAGGAUGAGCCCGACAUGAAGUGCGACGACAUGAUGACGUGUUACCUGUUCCACAUGUACGUGGGGGUCCGGGCCGGGGGCCGCAUCGGGGACGAGAUCGAGGACCCUGCGGGGGAUGACUACGAGCUCUACCGGGUGGUGUUCGACAUCACCUUCUUCUUCUUCGUCAUCGUCAUCCUCCUCGCCAUCAUCCAGGGUCUGAUCAUCGACGCCUUCGGGGAGCUGCGGGACCAGCAGGAGCAGGUGAAGGAGGACAUGGAGACGAAAUGUUUUAUUUGUGGCAUCGGGAGCGAUUAUUUCGACACGACCCCGCACGGCUUCGAGACGCACACGCUGGAGGAGCACAACCUGGCCAACUACAUGUUCUUCCUGAUGUAUUUGAUCAACAAGGACGAGACGGAGCACACGGGGCAGGAAUCUUACGUGUGGAAGAUGUACCAGGAGCGCUGCUGGGAUUUCUUCCCGGCUGGGGAUUGCUUCAGAAAGCAAUACGAGGAUCAGCUGGGAUGAGGACCCCAAAAUCCCCCCCCCAAAAUCCCCCUCCCCAAAAUCCCCCUCCCCAAAUCCCCUUCAAGUGCCUUUGACGCCCCCUCCCCAAUAAACGCUGCUGAGUGUCACUGGCUCAUCACUGACCCCCCCAAAAUGCCCCACAAAGACCCCAGACCCUUUUCAAGUGCCUUUCCACCUCCCCAAAUAAACGC